AUGCUACUUUAUACUUUUCUACAUUCGAUUAUCUAUUCCCUUUGUAUAGAUCAAUUCUAUGCCGCUGCAGCCCUUUUAUCUGGGGUGCACGCAGGUUCCGGGACUUCUGCAAACGGUUUACUAAACGGUUCUACUUCCGGCGUUUGUAUGCCACUCAGUCUUCCGGUUACCUCUACGCCUAGCACAGGGCUUAUCGGUGGAUUAAUUGGUGGAACUCCUUCUGCAUCUUCAUCUCCUUUAUCAUCUUGUCCUCCAUCAGUUACCUCUACCUCAUCCUCAACCUUAGGAUUUACGGUACCACUGGGCAUUGGUCCCGUCGUUCAUGUCGGCCUAAAUAACUCGGCUUCUCCUACUCCGGCAGGAAUUGCGACCUCAGGAUCGAGCGGCAUAAUCACUUCAUCUGCCUUGGUAAACUGUGGAAGUCCCUCCAGUGCAAUAUCCAUCGGGUCGAAUAAUGAACAAGGUGUGGCAGCAGCAGCAGCAGCGGCAGCGGCGGCUGUAGCGGCUGCAGCAUCGGGUGGAUACAUUGACUACAAUACGCACUAUUCGGCAGGAAUAGAUCCAACCUCAGGUAAGGAGAGUUCAAAAUAG